UCUUGUUGCCUAAAAUACCUUCUUACCAUUCUUCUUUAUGAGUCCCAUAUCCAUUGAUGAUCUGUCUCUUCACUGUGUACACUAAACAUUCCACAAUUACAGACAGCCAUGAAUGGAUCAGUUGGCAACUCCAAGGGAAAAGUUAUCAUCUGUAAAGCUGCCGUGUGUUGGGCAUCUGGGGAAGCUUUGGUGAUGGAAGAAAUUGAAGUGGCUCCACCGCAGGCUCUGGAAGUUCGCAUCAGAAUCAUAUGUACCGCUCUAUGUCACUCUGAUCUCAGUUUUUGGAAUAUAAAACAGGAGAAUAAUAAAGGGCAUCCUCGCAUUUAUGGCCAUGAAGCAGUUGGAAGAGUAGAAAGUGUUGGGGAAAAUGUGAAGGAUUUUGAGGAGGGAGACAUGGUGAUACCUGUGUUUAGGUCACAUUGCACUGAGUGCGUAGAUUGCAAGUCAACCAAAAGCAAUAUGUGUGCCAUCAGUAUAAAAAGCAGAAAUGAAGGACUGAUGAAAAGUGAUAAUGGUACCAGAUUCAGCAUCAAUGGGAAACCUAUAUACCAUUUUUUAGGUGUUUCCAGCUUCUCUGAAUACACUGUUGUAGGGGUUGAUCAAGUCGUCAAAGUAAAUCCAAUGGCUGCCCCUGAUAAAAUUUGUCUUCUUAGCUGUGGGGUCACAACAGGAUUAGGUGGGGCUUGGAAGGUGGGCAAUGUAGAGAAAGGCUCCACAGUGGCUGUUUUUGGUUUAGGAACUGUUGGCAUGGCUGUUGCAGAAGGUGCAAGAAUCAGAGGUGUAUCUAGAAUCAUUGGUGUUGAUGUGAACCCUAAAAAGUUUGAUAUUGGAAGAAAAUUUGGGGUUACAGACUUUGUGAAUCCUAAUGACCAUGAAAAGCCUGUUCACCAGGUGAUCAAAGAAAUGACUGGAAGUGGGGUGGAUUACAGCUUUGAUUGCACAGGCAACAAGUCUGUCAUUGUUGAAGCCUUCAAAAGCACUUGUAAUGGAUGGGGUACAACAGUGGUUUUAGGAGUGGGUAUGACAGAGAUAACCAUAGACUGUCAAGAAUUGCUCCGUGGUAAAACCAUAAAAGGGUCAUUAUUCGGAGGAAUGAAGGCAAAAACAGAUGUGCCCCUAUUGGUGGACAUGUAUAUGAAAAAGGAGCUUCAGCUAGAUGGUUUCAUUACUCAGGAAAUCUCAUUUCCAGAGAUCAACAAGGCAUUUGAGUUGUUGACAAAAGGAGAGUGUUUGAGAUGCAUUAUGUGGAUGGACAGGGCAUUGCAUUAGCUUUCUACACCUAGUUUGAUGGAGAAUAUAUAUAUGUCUUUAAAUCUCUGAUCCAACCAUGUUAAAGGCAAGAUGUUUUGUAGUCCCUUCUGUGAUAAAGUUAUUUCUGUUUUGGGUUAUUACCUUAAGUGUCAUCAAUAACUUUGAUGUCAUAUUAUGUCCCUAUUUUGCUGGGAUCCCACGGUUGAUUCUGCUUGUAUUCACCAUAGCUGGUAGUUCCCAUUAAUAUAUGAAAUUCUUAGAAUGGUAUAUUAUUAUAAUACAGAAGUUGAUUAUCAAAACUGUUA